UCUGAAUAUCUGAUUCUGCCAUGCCAUGCCAUGCCUCGUCCUUUUGGAGACAGACAGAUGAUGUCCUCGGCGCGCCGGCCGCUCUCCGCCGCCGCCGGCAACCUCCUCGGCAUCCAUCUCUUCCAGUGCCCCGACGCCGUCGGCAUCGUCGCCAAGGUGUCCGAGUGCAUCGCCUCCCGCGGCGGCAACAUCCACAGAGUCGACGUCUUCGUCCCCGACGACAAGCCCGUCUUCUACUCCCGCAGUGAGUUCACCUACAACCCGAGGCUCUGGCCGCGUGAUGACCUGCGCAAGGAUUUCCUCAAUUUGUCAUGCUGCUUCGGCGCACAAAGGUCCACCGUACGAGUACCUGACCUUGACCCCAAAUACAAGAUCGCAGUCCUCGCUUCAAAGCAGGACCAUUGCUUGUUUGAUUUGUUGCACAGAUGGCAAGAAGGCAGGCUUCCAGUUGACAUUAACUGUGUCAUAAGCAACCAUGAUAGACCGCAAGACAAUCAUGUGCGGCGCUUUCUUCAGAGGCAUGCAAUUCCAUACUACUACUUACCCACCACGCCUGGGAACAAAAGGGAGCAAGAGAUACUAGAAUUGAUUCAGGGCACAGAUUUUGUUGUGCUGGCAAGAUAUAUGCAGAUUAUGUCGGAAAGCUUUUUAAAAGCAUAUGGUAAAGAUAUUAUUAAUAUUCAUCAUGGGCUUCUUCCCUCAUUUAAGGGAGGCCAUCCUUCCAGACAGGCCUUCAAUGCUGGGGUGAAGUUGAUUGGGGCAACCAGCCAUUUUGUCACUCCCGAACUUGAUGCUGGGCCAAUCAUUGAACAGAUGGUUGAGAGAGUUUCUCACAGAGACACACUGCAGAGUUUUGUUGUGAAGUCUGAGAAUCUUGAGAAGCAGUGCCUAGCAGAGGCUAUUAAGUCAUACUGCGAGCUUCGUGUCCUACCAUAUGAACUGAAGAAAACUGUUGUAUUCUAAUUUUUCUUAUGGAUUGGCAUUGUAUUAAUUUUCCCAAAGCAAGCAAUAAACGAUUCAUUUUUUCUAUUUA